UAUUACAUAUAUACAACAUGGGAUUCUCAUUCCCCUUGUCCUCUCGGACAACCCUACAGAGGUUUCAUUGCAAUGAGCCGGCGCCCCAUCCCCCAUGGAUAUUCGCCCCUUUGAAGCUAAACUUUGCGUCUCGUAUUACGAGAGCACGCGAGUCAGUAUGUACGAGCAUUGACAGAACCGCUAAAAUUUGUAAGGAUGUAUGCGCUACAAAUGCAAACUGCUUGUCAAGGGGAAGGCAAUGGAGAACCUGAUAUCCCGGCUAGCCUUCAUCAAGAACCUACACGACCAUCUAUACAAGACUGUAGCUCCUUUGAUAUUGUUAGAGCUACUCAGUAUGGAGCAUUGGAUCGUGUUACCGAAUUGGUAGAAGCCGGAGCAGAUGUAAAUCAACCAGAUGCAGAAACAGUAACAUUACUGCAUUGGGCAGCAAUAAAUAAUUAUAAAGAUAUAGUAAAGUAUCUAAUGGUUAAAGGAGCUGUUGUGGAUGCUAUUGGUGGUGAAUUAAUUUCGACUCCAUUGCAUUGGGCAACUAGGCAAGGACAUUUAGGUAUAGUGGUUAUAUUGAUGAGAGCAGGAGCUGAUCCAACUUUAAGAGAUUCCGAAGGCUUUUCAUGCAUUCACUUAGCAACUCUAUUUGGUCAUACAGCUAUUGUAGCUUAUUUAGUUGCAAAAGGAGUCAAUCCAAAUAUGUUAGAUAGAAGUGCUAUGACACCUCUUAUGUGGAGCGCUUACAAAGUUAAUAGUUUUUCAUUUUACAGUUUAGAUCCCACAAGGUUGUUAUUAACAUUAGGUGCAUCGCAUACACUAACAGAUAAUUUACACGGUAAUACAGCUUUACAUUGGGCUAUUAUAGCCAAAAAUAAUACAGCGAUAUCUACGUUAGUUCAUCAUGGAGCAUCCUUAGAUAUUCCAAACUUUAAAAAUGAGACCCCUAUGACAUUAUUAGGACCUCACAUUGGAGCUGCUUGGUUGGGUCAUAAAAUAAGUCAAGAGAUCAAAGAAAAACAAGGACGUACAAGGACAUGGUGCAGGGAUAAGAGAAUACGCUGGUAUUGUAUGGUCAGUACACCAUUUAUAGUGUUUUAUGUAAUAGGAAUGAUAUUACAAAGUGGAUUGGAUUAUAUAAUAAAACUAGGUGCCUUCAUAAUGCUCUAUGUAGGAAUAUAUUCAGCUAAUCAUUUUAUCUUUGAUGAAAGACUAUUUCAUAUCUUGCCAUUGUCCAUUUAUUUGGCUACUAAGAUGUGGAUAUAUGUUACAUGGGUAUUCUGGUUAGGCAUUCAUGCAGCUUGGUAUUUAUGGUUAUUAUUAAUUGGGGGCUCCGUUCCUCUUUGGAUAUGCUUCUUACAAUCUUGGCGUGGAGACCCAGGAGUAAUUACAGCAAGUCAUGAAGAUAAAUUAAACACAAUAAUAGAAUUAGCUGAAUCAGGUGGUUUUGAACCGCAAUGGUUUUGCAGCAGUUGUUUAGUUAGGAGACCUGUACGAUCAAAGCAUUGUUCUACAUGUGAUAGAUGUAUCGCAAGAUUUGAUCAUCACUGUCCUUGGGUUAAUAACUGUAUUGGAGCACACAAUCAUAAAUAUUUUCUAGGUUUUUUGGCAUCGUUAUUAGGUCUGUGCAUUGUUAUUUUAUCUGCUAGCGUGCAAUACUGGCAGUUUGAAUGUUGGACUAAUUUGACAAAUGGUCAUAGCGCAGAUAAUUAUUUAGUAGCUACUGCUACCUGCGAUGCUUGGAUUAUGUGGAUCGCAGCAAAUACCUCUCUUCAUUCAUUUUGGGUUGGCAUGUUGUUAGCUUGUCAAUGUUAUCAGAUCAUGGUACUUGGAAUGACCACAAAUGAAAGAAUGAAUGCUGGACGUUAUACGCAUUUCAAACAAGGGAAUCCAUUCCAUCGUGGUGCACUACAGAAUGCUGCUGAUUUUUGCAAUUUUAAUUUUUGUGGAGUAAAGGCAAAACCAAGUUCUGAUUGGUUACACAGUUUUGAUCUUAAACAAAGUAUUGAAAAAUUACCUUUACUUGCUGCGAAAGAAAAUUUUCAAUAUGUUUAAGUUUGAUAGGUCAACGAAAACUUUUUUCAUUGACAUAAUAAAAAUCUAGCCAUUAGAAGCUAACCUAUGCCAUAUCAAAUACCUGAACUUCUGGCCCACCAAAGAAUUGUUGUGAAAAU